AAAACCACCACCAUUGAGAAUCUGCUGCGUGACAAAACAUUGUCAAAGGUUUUCUCCAAGUACACCUGUGAGCUUAAGUAGAGCACCUUGGAAGUUCAUUGUACGUAAGAGAAAAAGCUGACCCUGUUCCACCUAUGUCCUUACCUUCUGGAUGGGAGCAUCGGAAGUGCCGAAUGCAUCGCUUCCAUGCAGAAGUGUACCGUUUCAGCGCAGCAGGCGGAGGUUUUGUCUGAGUUUUUUGGCUUUCUGUUUCUGGGGCAGCAACAAUGGCUUUCUUUAUGAAAACGAUGAUAAGUAACCAGGUAAAGAAUUUAGGAUUUGGUGGUGGGUCUGAAGAAAGAAAAGAAGAAGGAAGUGCAUCUGACCCUGCUGCUGCUCAAGGAAUGACUAGAGAAGAAUAUGAGGAAUAUCAAAAGCAAAUGAUUGAGGAGAAGAUGGAAAGAGAUGCUGCAUUUACACAAAAAAAGGCAGAGAGGGCCUGCCUGAGAGUCCAUCUCCGAGAAAAGUACAGACUCCCAAAGAGUGACAUGGAUGCGAGCCAAAUCCAGAUAGCUGGAGAUGACGUGGAUUUGCCGGAAGAUCUCCGGAAAAUGGUCGAUGAAGACGAAGAAGAGGAAGAAGACAAGGAUUCUAUUCUUGGGCAGUUACAGAAUCUUCCGAACAUGGACUUGGAUGCCAUAAAAGAAAAGGCCCAGGCCACCUUCACAGAAAUCAAGCAGACGGCAGAGCACAAGUGUUCUAUGAUGUGAGGGGCGGGAGGGGGUGAGGCAGGGACCAGGUCAAGGCGGAGGUGACCGCUCUGGUAUAGAGCAUUUAGAGCAGCAUAUACUUUAAGUAGUGGACACAGCUGGAAAAACCAUGAUUACUAAACACGUAGACAGCAACUUGGUGUUCCAGCUUUCCCGGUAGAGCAUAUAGCUAGCACCUGGCAGCAAGGAACACACUUUCCUUUUAAGUAGACGUGUAGCCGAGUAUCGAAUUUCAGCUGUGAACCGAGGAGGACACCUAUCUGCUUAAUGAUCUUCAGUUCAGCCAGGAGGACAUGAAAGCCAAUGGGAUUUCUUCUCCAACUUCCUUCCUUAAGAGGGCAAGGUCUCACUCUGUCCAACCAUUAGCAUGACUCCAGGUCCCUUCAGAGAAAGAUGUGACAGCUCAGGGUGCCUCCAGGAGCCCAGGCUGCAGGCUCACAAGCAAGCAAAGAUCACACCACUUCUCACUCCCAGGCCCCUUGAUGUCCCUGAUGCUUCUCAAGCGUGGCACUUGGACAAGGGGCAGUAGCAGGCAGGUGGUAAAAGAUGAGAAUGAAGGCAGAGAACAGACUUCAUCAGCCAUUUGCCUCAUUGAUCAUCAUUCCAGAGGCUGUGUGAAGCAUGGACUUGAGGGGGCAAGAAGCAGGGGCCGACUGGGAAGGUCAUCGCUGUUGCUUUUUUUUUUAAUUUUAGCUGAGCCUUCCU